AUGGAUGAAGACGGCCUUACUUUGUUGUGUGUAGAUGACUGUCGGACUGAACUUGAGAGCUUGAGAUCGACCAUCUCCACAUCAUGUACCGGAACAGAAGAUGUCAUGAUAUAUCAAGAUGUUGUAUAUCCAGCAACAUUCAUGGUUGACAAUUUGCUCAAUACCUACGAUGUCAGCUGCUACAAGGAUGCUUCGUCUGGGACCUACUGUGACUUGAUCUUGGCCGAAUGGCGCAAUGAGACCAACACCACAGAUACUGCUCAUGACUGUGACGACUGCACUUUAGGACCUUUUAAGCUCCAGCUUGAGUCUGUCAUUGGAUAUGAUGAUGAUUGGGCCGAAGAUUUUGCUUCAAUGACUUCAAGCUGUGGUGCUACUGGCUAUGCUUGGACGUCGCCAAGUGCUUACUCAUUAAGCACUGUUGCCAGUACCACUACGGCAGCCAAUGCUACAUCCACGAGCGCAUCGGCGGCUCAGACCUGUGUAUCAACGUAUACAAUUCAGACCAAUGAUACCUGUAACUCCAUUGCAGCAAGUCAGAAUGUAUCAACCUAUAACUUGAUGAAAGCGAACUCCCUCACAAUUCUCUGCUCGAAUCUACCAGAAGUUAGAGAAACUUUGUGCAUCCCUCCAACCUGCAACACUGUAUCGGUCUUUCAAAGCGACUCAUGCGAUGAUUAA